AUGAACGGCACAACAUGGACUUCGAUCCCGUCCGCCGUGGACGGGCUCACCUCCUACAGCAUCAACGCCCUCACCCUCCCCACAAAAAACGGCGGCGGCGUGGGGGAAAUGGAAGGUAUCUGGACCAGGGGAGGGGGAAAAACCUCCUAUGGCCAUAUCGUCGACAAAGGGCUGCAAUUACAGCGGAACGCGUUUCUGUACCGGUCGCGGAGCGCGCGCAGCGGGGCUCUGGAGCGGGAAUUGUCGGGGGAGUUGGCGGCGGAGUUUGAGCGCGCGAGGGUAAGGAAUAGGGCGGAGGUAAGGUGGGCGUUUCAGACUGCUGUGACGAGGAUGAUUUGGCUUGCGAUUAUGGAGGUGAAGAUGCUCGGGCUGGGGAUGGAGGGGUGGAGGGCGAAGGAGAGGGUUGAUGUUGCGAUGCGGAUGUGCCGGGGGGAUCUGGAGAGCAUGGUUUUGGAGGGAGGCGGGGAGGGGAGGGGGGAGAUAACGGAGGAGAGGUUCAAGGAGGUCAUUGUCGUGCCGCAGGAUGUCGAGGAGUUGAAGGUUAUGGAUCUUACUGAGGAGGGAGAGCUUUCUGGGAGGAAGAGGGCGUCCAGGCAGGCGAGACGGGAUCCCGUGAGGAAGGCGGCGAAGGCGGCUUUGAAGGACUUUGUUGCCCGUUGGGGUGUCUCGGGGGAUCAUGUUCGAGAUUUUCUAUGA